CAUUCUAUGUAACAUAUUUUCUGCUGAUACGUGUUUCUCUCUAAGGUUACAUAGCAUCUCAGCUUACAAUAUAAUUAGCUAUAAACUGCAACUCUUCAGCAUUGAAUAAGUAAAUAUGGCAUCGUUUCUAAAAAGUUAUCAAGGUUUUCAACUUUUUGGUAAAUACUUGAAAACAAGUAUGGGCAUGAUAACAGUACCCAGCCGCAAUAGAAGAUUCACUCCUCCCACAAAGAAACGCCACCCAGAAUGGCUUCCAAAACCACAACGUGUGCUCUAUGAUGAAUCAAUUACUCCGGGAAAUAAAGAAUUUAUCUCACAAAUUGUGGCCUGUAAUCGAGGACUAAUCAACAACAAAUCUCCAUUAAAUACAGAAUUAAUUCAACCAAAUACAGAAUGGACUAAAUCAUCAAGGCGUCCUGGGUUAAUUGGCAAGAAGAUAGGAGUAUAUCCAAUGUGGCUUAAGAAUGGACAAAGAGUGUUAACUACCCUUCUACAGAUUGUAGAUAAUGAAGUUGUAAAAUAUAUACCACCAGAAGAAUGUAAUCCAGUUAUAAAGUCUAUAAAGCAUCAAGUUUUGCAAAGAAAACUUGGUUGCCUUAUAAUAGGUGCACAAAAUAUUGAUCCACAACUACUAACUAAAGACUACUACGGAAUAUUUAAUACUGCUGGCGUUACACCAAAGAGAACAAUGAUGAGGUUUUAUGUUACACCAGAUGCUGCCCUACCUUCCGGUACUCCUUUGGUUGCAGCCCAUUUUACACCAGGACAAUUUGUUGAUAUCAGAGGAAAAACGAUAGAUCGUGGCUUCCAAGGUGUUAUGAAAAGAUGGGGAUUCAGUGGUAUGCCUGCAAGUCAUGGUGUCACUAAAACUCACAGAAGAGGAGGUAAUAUUGGUUCAGGAGGUCAAAAAGCUAGAGUAAUGCCUGGUACCAAAAUGCCUGGACACAUGGGAAAUCGUUGGCGUAUUCUGAAAGCUGUAAAGAUAUUACGAGUAAACACGAAGUAUAAUGUAAUUUGGGUAUUAGGUCCAAAUAUACCAGGAGAGACGAACACCAUGUGUUACUUAUACGAUUCCAUGCUCUUUACUAAACGACCUGUUUCUCCGCAUUUUCCUACAUAUUUUCCGAACAGUGAUGACACACUUCCUGAAAAUCUUUAUGCAGAAGAUGUUCACGCGUUCGGUGAUCCCACGAUUGAAUAUACACCUGACUCGUAA